AUAGAGCUUGUUCGAGGAGAUAGUAUUUGUGGUGACUAAAAAAAGCGCCUCACGCUGGAUUUAUAAAAUAAAGGCAGGCAGUUCCCGGAUGUUGUUGAGGUAAACGGAGGCCUGAUUCUUCUAACGUUUCCACACACGUGUAAACUAUCUCCGCGCUUUUGGAGGCUGAGAGUGUGUCUGGGUGAGCAGAAGUCAUGUUUGGCUCCUCGAGAUCUGGAGGGGUGAGAGGGGGUCAGGACCAGUUCAACUGGGACGAUGUGAAAGUGGAUAAACACCGAGAGAACUAUCUGGGGAAUUCCCUCAUGGCUCCGGUCGGCCGAUGGCAGAAAGGGAAGGAUUUGUCAUGGUACGCCAAAGACAAGAAGAGCGGCGCAGCUCUGUCUAAAGAGCAGGAGAUGGCAGCGGUGCGGGAGGCGGAGCACGAGGCCAUGUUAGCAGCGCUGGGUCAUAAAACAAUCAAGAGACAACCAACUGGUCUUACCAAAGAGGAUCUGGCAGACGUGUGCCGGAGGGAAGGCGAGGCGGAUGAACGGGACGUGGACCGGGUUUCUGGACUCGGGAGCUCCAGGGCUGGACAGAGAGGAAUGGUGCUUUCCAAGCAAGAAAAAGAGGCAGUAAAAAUGGGUUUGCCAGUUUUCACGCAUCACAAAGCUGACAGACCACAAGAAGCCAGUAAGGGUCCUGAGGAGGCCAGCAGACCUGAUAAAGAGGAUAAGAGAUCUGACAGGAAAAAGAAGAGCAAAAAGGAGAAGAAAAGUAAGAAGGAGAAAAAGAAGAAGAAAGAGAAAGAGAAAAGCAAACACAGAAGCAGAAGUGACUCUUCAGGCUCAGACUCGGAGAGCUGUAGUAAAAGGCGGAGAAAAGAUCCGCGGGACCACCAUGGUCCUAAUCCAUCAAGGAGCAGUCAGAGUGGAGCCGGAGCCCGUGACAGUCAUUCAGGAGGGGGUCCGAAGGCGGCGCACAGGACCCUGACCCCCCCUCAGCCCCCCCGCCGCCGCCGGCACGACACAGACUCGUCCUCUGACGGCCCCCGCGCCGCUCAAAGCUCCCGCCGGCGUCAUGAUAGCAGCUCAGACGACUGAGGCCCGCUACUGGCCCUUUAGCCACACCCCCUCAGCCAGAGCAUGGAUCUGAUUGGCCUCUUUGUCAAACUCUGGACAACUCGGGCCACAAGACAGCAUAUCCUUUUUAAGGUUGAAUCUCAGGAAAUCUGCCCAAAACAUGUCUUGGGUCACAUUUCUGCAAAUUUGGGUUCAAGAAGAUGCAGCUUGUUUUAGGCUGUUAAAAUUGACCAUCAACAUUUUGGGCAUCAUUUUUCUCCCAAAAUACAUAAAAAUGAUUAAAACACUAUUUGUUGUAAUGAAUUAGAUUUAAAUUCUAAUUUGGAAAAAAAAAGAAUUUGGAAAUGACAAAAAAACCCCAGUUUAAAUUGUGGUGUAAAAUUAGGAAAAAAGUUAUUGAAAUAAAAUCGCAAUUCAAAGAAUGUCGAUAGUCUUGAAUACAGGCUUUUAAAUCUAUUUCUGUUUUUUUUCUUUGAUUUUGAUGUGACACAUAACAUAAAAGACAUAAAGAGAAAACAGCAGACAUGAUCGCUUUUUAUUCUUGUAUAUGUUUAAUGAAAUAAACCAUGUUUUUACGACAUGGUGUCAUCGAAUCAUCAAUGCACCUCAAACUUUUUGAAAACGUUGCUGUUAUCAUCUGUGUGUAAGCUAUAAAACAUCAAUUUGUGAAAGCAGUGAUGUCAUACGCAUA